CGGCCGCCCGCACCGCCCGCCCCCGCCUGAGGGGUGGGGGGAGAGGCCGCGCCUGCGCGGCAGCGCUGCUGAGGCCCGCGCUGUGUGGGCAGGCGGGAGGCCGGUGGCGCAUGCGCGCGGCCGUGGCUGGUGCGCAGGUAAUGUAAGCAUUUUGGUAUAUACAUGAAAGAGGAAGCAGGCAUGUCAGCUCUUUGCCCACCACCAUCUCCUGCAGUUGCAAAAACAGAGAUCAGUUUGAAUGGCGAAUCACCUUUGUUAGCUGCCACUUUUGCUUACUGGGACAAUAUUCUUGGCCCCCGAGUGCGGCAUAUCUGGGCCCCAAAGACAGAACAGGUACUUCUCAGUGAUGGUGAAAUAACUUUUCUUGCCAACCACACCCUGAAUGGAGAAAUACUUCGGAAUGCAGAAAGCGGUGCAAUAGAUGUGAAGUUCUUCGUCUUGGCAGAAAAAAGGGUAAUAAUUGUGUCAUUAAUCUUUGAUGGAAACUGGAAUGGAGACAGAAGCACAUAUGGACUAUCCAUUAUACUUCCACAAAGUGAACUUGGCUUCUACCUGCCACUUCACAGAGUGUGCGUGGAUAGGUUAACACAUAUUAUAAGGAAAGGAAGAAUAUGGAUGCAUAAGGAGAGGCAAGAACAUUUCCAGAAGAUUGUCUUGGAAGGCACGGAGAGAAUGGAGGAUCAGGGCCAGAGCAUCAUUCCAAUGCUGACAGGAGAAGUUAUUCCUGUAAUGGAACUCCUUUCAUCUAUGAAAUCACACAGUGUUCCAGAAGAAAUAGAUAUAAGUGACACGGUGCUAAAUGAUGAUGACAUUGGAGAUAGUUGCCAUGAAGGCUUUCUCCUCAAUGCAAUUAGUUCACAUCUGCAGACCUGUGGUUGUUCUGUAGUUGUAGGAAGCAGUGCAGAAAAAGUUAAUAAGAUUGUGAGAACAUUGUGCCUGUUCCUUACGCCAUCAGAGCGGAAGUGUUCCAGGCUCUGUAGAAAUGAGUCGUCUUUCAAAUAUGAGUCAGGACUUUUUGUUCAAGGCUUACUCAAAGAUGCAACAGGAAGCUUUGUGUUGCCCUUCCGUCAAGUAAUGUAUGCCCCGUAUCCUACUACACAUAUAGAUGUAGAUGUCAAUACAGUGAAGCAGAUGCCCCCUUGUCAUGAACACAUCUAUAACCAACGACGAUACAUGAGAUCCGAGCUGACAGCGUUUUGGAGAGCUAAUUCAGAUGAAGAAAUGUCUCAAGAUCAUAUUAUACACACAGAUGAGAGUUUCACACCUGAUUUAAAUGUCUUUCAAGAUAUCCUGCAUCGAGACACAUUAGUAAAAGCCUUCCUGGAUCAGAUCUUUCAUCUGAAGCCUGGCUUGUCUCUAAGGAGUACUUUCCUUGCACAAUUUCUUCUAGUCCUUCACAGAAAAGCCUUAACUUUAAUAAAAUACAUAGAGGAUGACACGCAAAAAGGAAAAAAACCUUUUAAGUCUCUUCGUAGCUUGAAGACAGAUCUUGACUUAACAGCAGAGGGCGAUCUUAACAUAAUAAUGGCUUUGGCUGAGAAGAUUAAACCAGGUCUACAUUCCUUUAUCUUUGGGAGGCCGUUCUACACUAGUGUACAAGAACGAGAUAUGCUCAUGACAUUUUAAAGUUCUCCACCGCUAACAUAUAAUAUUGCUGUCUUGCGUGGCACGUGUCCGCGUGACCACCACACGUGUGGCGAUCAUUGACUUGAUUUGAAGAUGGAGCAUUAGGAACAUGGUAACACUACAGUCUGUCCACAGCAGGAAGGGGUAUUGUUAGAGGGCAGCAUAUCAACUUAGCUAGACAAGCAUGAUUUUAAUGAAUCCAUUUCUUUGUGUGUGGGGGGAAUUUGUUUGUUUUUAUCUUUUAACGGUAAAUGUUACCAGAGUUUCUUUUGCCAUAUGGGCUGUAAAUUUGAACAUGUUGUGGUGUACGAUAAAGGGAAGUGUUUUAAUUUUCUUUACCCAGAGACUUCCUUCAGGUGUGUGUCGGUUUUCCCCUGUUCUCUGCUUUGUCAGUAUUUUUAGUGUUUCCACAGAAAACAAUACAUACGUCCUCUCUAAUCAUGGAGGUUGUGGAAUGGGAGCCUUCCAAGAGUUUCAAAGAGUUUUUUAACGUGUUUGUUCUUAUGUAUGUGGUACAAAUCUGAAAUAAUCUUCCCUCAUCUCCCUUUUUAACACUACAGGCUCCUUCAUUUAGAGCAUUUAAAGGUUUUUGGAAUUUUUAAUAUACUACAAAGUGCUAUUCUUGUGUGCAAACUGUUGACUAUUAGCAGCUUAAAUAACAGCACUCUGCACGUGGGAACUGGGUCAUUAUUUAAGCAGCUUUGUGUCUGUAAGUGCCAACCAGGAUACUCUGUCACAGAUUGCUGAGCCAUCCUGCCGUGAAGUGUUCAGUGAUCCAGCAUAACCAAGCUCUUUUCGAAACACAAACCAGAAAACUUGUGUCAUUCAGCAGCAGUUGUCAGCCUUUCUGUCUACUGUAAACUGCUGCUAAUUCUUCCAUUGUCAGAUAGAAUAAUGUUCAGAUUAAAGUAUUAGACCUUCUCAAAAAAACACCAAGGUAAUAGCCAAACUAAAAGACAAAACAGUAUUAUUUUUUUUUACAUUGCCAUUAUUACUUAUGGUAAUCCUUAAUUCAGAGAUGAGCAUGCCUAUGAACUAAUAUGAUUAGCAUUUUACUAAGUGAAUUCUAGUCAAUAAUCUUGUUAAUCUUCUUAGUUCAUUUUAGCACGUCUCCCGCUUUGCUUUGCUUUGCUUGAAAAGAAAUACACACCUUUUAUUUGUAUGCCUCAGCCCUUCUUUCUCAGUAGCAUGUAGAGUGAUGUGGUGUCAGGUUAAUCCAGACCCAUUUUUUUGAAGUUUGACACAUUUCUGUGAAUGAACAUCAUCAGCGUUACCUACUUGAAUAAGUAAUGACAUUUUGUGGAGCCAUUUUUUGAUGUACCUGUAUGUAGGAGGCUUACAAUGAGCCCAGCUCUUCAUCAAAAGAUGUCAGAAUUAGGCUGAGUUACUUGUGCUGAGUUGCUGUUUGUCUUCUUACCAUUAUUAUUUCUUUCUGUGUUUUUAAAAAAGAGCCUGAUUCUGCUAAGUUUUAACUUUCCUGUCUAAGAUUGUGAAAAAAAUGUAAUGAACACUGCUGGAACUUCUAAUGUAGAAGUUAUGUUGAUGUCUAAAGAGCUUUAAAUGUGCUGCUGAAAUUAAUUACUUCAGCUUGAUAGGCAUUGGAAACUUAACAUUGACACUAGUAACAGUAAAGCUCUGAUUGUUUACUGAAGAUACUGUCACUUUUUGAAAUUACUAAAACCUGGAAACUUUCUCAAUUGCUACUUUUAUUGCACAAUUGUCACAAGUGCAGAACGUAUUGUGAAGUAAAUUAUUAAAUGCAUCUGCAUGUUGUGUUGUAAACCUUGCUCAGGAAUCAAAGUAUUCUAAUAAAAUUCAUGCACACUUUUGACUUUAA